CUUUUUUGAGAACAAUCGAGCAAUGGCGCGGGAAUCUGAGUCGGUGCGACACGCUGGUGGGCGAUUCGCUAGUGUGCUCGAUGCAGGCGACGCUGCGUCCCACUACGUUCCAGAUAACGAGUUUUACUCUGUCGUUGCAGCCAUCCUGCGCGAGACUGACUGGACGGAGCCGUGGCUGGUUGGCUUGCUCUCGUUCCACGUCUUCAACGUUAUUGUUGCGCUGUUCGCGCGCCGCCAUUCGACGUUCCAAGCCACGUACUUUUGCGUUCUGAUGGUGCUUGCAUACUCGACGGAGCACUUGAACAAGUGGGCGGUGGACAACUGGCAGCAGUUCUCUGCAAAGGCGUAUUUUGAUGUCCAUGGUUUGUUCAUUUCGACAGUGUUUGCUGGACCGUUGCUUCUGACGAGUCUUCUGUUUGUGGUUGUCUGGAUGAAGACGGCGGCUGACUUGCUCGUCAAAGUCAAGCGAGCAGAGCUCCGAACGCGGGCACGCGCUGCACGUUCGGACGGUGCACAAACAGCUGCAGGUGCAUCAUCAGCAGGAUCUGGCUCACAAAGUAUAGCCACGAAUGCGGAAUCCAAAAAGUCACAAUGAUUGCCUUUUAAAAUUUUGUUUUCUCAUUCUUCUUGCUUAUGCCGAACAGCCGAUGAAGAAAAAAUGUCGUAUAAUAUGGAGAUAUCACGAAAAAUAACAACACAAUCGAGAA